UUUUUUGUGUGGUUGGGAAGGGUAGUUGGGUAGUAUCUAAUCUAGUAUCUAGUAUACAGACUGUCCACGUACAAAGAUAGUAUUUAUUUAACUAUUGAAAAGUAUAAAAACACUCAAAAUGCUGUGGUAAUGAAGAAACAAAAACAAUUUAGUUUUAAUGUACCUUUCUAUCCCAAGGCUUUGUAAACUUUUUUGAAUUGGUACUAUUCCAUUUUCACGAGGAAUUCGAAAGAUGAAUGAAUCAUGUUCGGAAUCAUAUGAUAUAAAAACUUUUGUUUUUAUGGAUACGGAAACAACAGGUUUGCCUUCUGCUGAAAAUAAUAAAACAAAGAUUACUGAACUUAGUAUGGUUGCUGUUCAAGCAAAUCAUAUUCGACUAGGAGUAUUUCCACGAGUUCAGAACAAAUUGAAUUUUUGUUUCAAUCCCUGCAAAUUAAUUUCUGAUGGCGCUGAAAAAAUUACAGGUUUAUCGAAUCAUCUCCUAGAGAACUUACCCAGUUUUUCAGCAGGAACAGUGGCAUCCAUUAACGCUUUUUUGAACCAUAAUCCCCAACCAGUAUGUUUAGUUGCUCAUAAUGGAAAUCAUUUUGAUUUUCCCCUUUUACACACUGAAAUUAACAAAACCAAAAGUUCAUUGGCAGAAAACAUUUUGUGUAUAGACUCUAUAAUUACAUUUCAAGAUAUUCAUUUCCAAGACACUAGAGCAGAAAAAAUAUCUCAAGAGACUGUGCCUAUUGAACUCACAGACGAUUAUGAUUUGCUUUUAUGUAGUGCCGCUGAACAGUUGGAACAACAAUGUAUUGAAAAGGCCCUUAAGGUUCAGAAAAUAAAUGAAACUACACCAAAGAAACAAAAAAUAAGGACUGAUACCUCUGAAUUUCCUUAUCCAUCUAAGAUGAGGAAAGGUGUUCGAAAAAAAUUCCGCUUCAAUUCGGGGAUUAGCUUCAAACUAUGUGAUGUAUACACCAGACUGACGAAUCGACCUCCUGAAAAUCUCCAUCAAGCCGAAGGUGAUGUUUUGAUGCUAAUUACUUGUGCUGCUACUCUUGGCGACAAGUUUGUUGAUUGGGCCAAUCUGAAUGCCAGGAAAUUCUGUGAUAUACCUGCUAUGGUACCUGGAAAAAAAAUCGGAACCUGAUUAAUGGGAUUUAUAUUUUUCUAAAACAAAAUUUUUAUGCA